CCGACGUGGCCGAUACGCGUCGGCGGAUCGCAUGCAUCUCUUGUUGUCCUUGAUCACACCCACCCACAUUGUGGGACACUGUACAAGCGCGGCUCACGCAAAGGACGGACACAUCCGCAGCUAGUGUAGCUGAUAGACUGUCAGUCAGUCAGUCAGUCGUCGUCUUCAUCCUCCAGGCCGGCGUGCCAUACCCCCAGACGCGUCGCAGCUGAGCGACACAACCGACCGAAACACAUCACACACGCCCACACAUCCAUAUGCAUGCGCGUGUGAGCAUGAGCAUCUUUCUUCGCACACACGAGACGAGUGUGUGUCACUCACUCAGUCACCCUCUGACUGACUGACUGACUGACUGGCUCACCCGCUGCGAUGAGGGAAACCGCCGGGUUCCAGACGAUGCAGGCCGGCACAUCUGAAGGCAUUGAUUCAUUACAUGAAGGCCACGCACAGAACAGGGGUGUGGUCUGUGGUUUCCUGCUGUCCUGCCGACUGACUGACUGGGUAGUUGUGCGUGCUACCUUCCAGCCGUUGCUGCAUUGCCCCCAGAUAAGGCCCGAAGGUCGGCAGCACGCCGUUGGCCUGGCCGUGGUCGUCGUGGCCAUCGGUGGCCAUCUCGGCAUCACCACCAUUCUCGCCGUUGUCGUCACCUCUGUCCGUGCCGCCUCCCCGCGACGCAUCAAACCAGCGGAUACGGCCGUCGGGGUGACCUACACAGAUACAAAUCACACACACGCCACGCACCCUCUAUGUAUCUCUGUCUGUCUGUCUGCCGAGUGACUCUGGCAUGCCUACCUUUCAUGAGCACGUAGCCUCCCGCGUCGAAGCACGGCCGCUGUAUCCAUGCGUGUGUCCUCUCCGGGCUGCCGGCAGGGACGGAGUCGCUCCGGCUGCCGCGAGAGGGGCUCUUGCUGCGAGUGGUGGACGACGGACAUCGGGGCACUGUCUCCCUCUCCUCAGGCACCGUGUACUCGACCAUUGAGCUCGUCGGCUGGUGGGUCAUGCCAUGCCAUGGACACACAAACAAGGGUGACUGACGAUGGAAAAAUGGAUUCUGUGUGCAUGACAUGGUGUGGGUGCGUACGUCUGUUUCGAGCAUGUUGAUCAGCAGCACACGGUGCCGCGAUGUCGACACAGCAAGGUCCAGACUCACAGGGGAGAAUGUCAGACCCUGCACACACACACACACACACACGCGUCACUCGAGCCGAGGCCACUCCCUUCGAUCCAUCCAUUCGUCCGUCCACACCGACCGCCAUCUUCUCCCCGUUGUGAAGGUACGGCGACAGGUCGACUUUGUCGACACAGCUGUGGGCCACGCCCAUCCGCCUGAGGUCGUGCAGUUCUAGGCGGUGGUCGCCCGGGUAGCCCGCCGCUAUGGGCCCUGCCUCGGGCACCCUGGAGGGGUGGACGGCCACGAUGGAUGACCGGUCCGUCCAUGCCAGGUCGCUGCCGCCCUUGUGGAUCUUGCCCUGUGUGACCACACACGGAGGAACACACACACAGACACACAAACAUGACAUGCAGCUGACGACUCACUAAGUCACUGCGCCGGGCUGUGUGUGUGGGGGUCUGUGAGCAUGUGGUGGAUGCGCUGCACGCGUCACUUACGACGAGUCUGUCGUUAGUGUACUUGCCGAUGUGGACUUCGCCCGUGACAUCCCCCGCAGCGAAGUAGCCGUCUUCGCUGACACUCAAGGACGUGCACCUGACCACACACACGUCCGUCCGGUCCGACACGGCUGGCUGGGGGGAUGGAUCGAAUGACCUACCUACCAGAACUGGUCCUUAUAACCGUUGUCGAUCCAGCAGCAGCGGAGGUAACGAUUCUCCUGGAUGUUCCACACACGCACCGAAUGAGCCUCUGCGCCAGUCAGUCAGUCAGUCACCCACGCAGGCAAAGCAAACCAACACACCACACCACACCACAACACAACACAGCACAACACAUCCACCGAUAAACAAAAGGCAAGGCGCCCGGCCACCCAAACCAAUGGCUGACCCUUUUGUCCCUUCUGUGAGGGUGUGUGCAUGGUUUUGGUGGCCAUGAUGGUGACCUCCUUCUCCCGCGGGAUGAACUGCAGCAGCUGCACCCCGUGCUUCUUGGACUGAAGCGUCUGCGCGCUGACCAUGUCCAAUGUCGUGUCGCCAUCGUCGUCUUUGCUGAUCAAUCAAUCGACAGCAACCAACAGUCCUCGAACUGUGGGUGGUUGGUGCGUUGGUUGCUAUGGCGCGUGGCAGGCUUGAAUGAAUGCUUACGUACUUGAUCCUGACUUUGUAUGUGUGGGCGGUGUCGUCGUCGGAGGAGCUGACGAGCAGCUGGCUGUCGUGCGGGCACCACGACAGCGAGUUGAGCCGCAAAUCGUUGUCCAGGAACUUGCGGUAGAAUCGAUAGCUGCACAACACAGCACAGGGAGUGAGAUAGAUGCAGAUCAAUUACACAAUGUGUGGUUCACCCUAUCUAUCUGUGGGUGAAUGCUCUUCAUCUCACUCUGAUGGUCGCGGCGGCUUCUUCUCCAACCCAUCGACGUCCAUUACUCCCUCGCUCGAAGGAAGUUUGCG